GUCGUAUUUACUGGAAAGGUGGGAUUGACCGACUGCUCCGCCAAUGACGAAAGCGCACAGGAUACGCAAACAGAGGAUGCACGGAUCUCUGGCCAGGCGGUCCCGUCUAGAGCUGCAAGAACCACGUCCAUGGCUGGGAGAGAGGAUGUCCUUCGGGAGGAGUUACUUGAGCGGCUGCAGUCUAGAGUGCAGCAAGCACUUUCAAGACAACCUGUCGAUUUGGACUUCCUCGAGUUUGUCUGCAACAAUGAAUUAAUUUUAAUUCAGUCUUUUGCUGAUCAGAUACACAUUGGCACUGACAUUUUGCAGCAGUUAAACCAUUUGUUGGAGCUGGUCCAAGCUGCAGUUGAAAACAAUCCAGCUGUGUCACAUUUAGACACCUCUGUGGGGUUAAGAGGAGGACCCAGGCUGAUUAUACAGAGAGAUCAGUUGCAUUACUUACUAGAAGCACAAUUCUCAGUACCCUGUAUAGCUCAGUUGUUAGGGGUAUCACAACGCACUAUAUUCCGUAGGAUGGAGGAAUAUGGACUAAGUGUGACAGGAUGCUACAGCACCAUGACUGACUCAGAACUUGAUAACAUGGUGAGAGCUAUAAAAACCCAGAUGCCCAAUGCAGGGUACAGAAAUGUGAAGGGACAGCUCAUGGCAAUGGGUAGCCGUGUGCAGUGGGAGAGGAUAAAGGCAUCGAUGCAUCGUGUGGAUGCCGCUGGAGUUCUUUCCCGACUUGCACAACUUGGCUGCAUUGUGCGAAGAUCAUACUCAGUUCGAGGUCCCCUUGCGCUGGUGCAUGUUGACACCAACCAUAAACUUAUCAGGUACAACCUGAUAAUAUUUGGUGGAGUUGAUGGAUUUUCCAGAAAGGUCCUGUAUUUGGAUGCAGCAACUAACAACCGUGCCAGUACAGCAUUCUCCUUUUUCUUUGAGGCCACCCAGCUCCAUGGUGUUCCAUCAAGGGUUCGCGGAGAUCAAGGAGUUGAAAAUUUGGACAUCGCCUACUUCAUGUUUGCGAGACGUGGAACCGGCCGAGCUAGCUUUAUCUCGGGAAAAAGUGUACACAAUCAAAGAAUCGAACGGAUGUGGCGAGACGUGUGGAUGGCUGUCACCUGCAUCUUUUAUGAUGUGCUUCACACACUGGAGGAAGAUGGUUUCCUGGAUAUUUCCAACACGGUGCACCUUUUCUGCGUGCAUUAUGUCUUCUUACCUCGCCUUCGAGCAGCAUUACACAUCUUUGCAGCAGGUUGGAAUAGCCAUCCCCUCAGGACAGAGGGAAACCACACUCCACAGCAGCUCUGGCAUAUGGGGCAACUCAACACUCCAGAGGAAGAGGAAAAUCUUGAGGAACUGCAAAACCCAGAACUACAUUGGGAGGAUGCCCUGAUGACCCCUGAGACCUCUGUCAGUGGAGUUCAGGUCCCAGAAUUUGAGGUGCCUCUGGCUGAUGAAGAUCUGGCAGCACUUCAGUCUGCAAUUGACCCUCUAACUGAUUCAGAUUCAAAUGGCUGUGACCUUUAUAUCGAGGUGCUAAACUUUGUUAGACUAAACACUUCAACACCCAUUGAUUAG